AUGGUGUCUAAUAAGACCCUGGUGUUCAAAAAGGUCCCGACCGGUGUUCCUGUUCCUGGGGAGCACCUGGUGAUAGAGGACCGCCCCAUCAACUUGGAUGAUCCCGCACCCAAGGGUGGACUCGUUCUCAAGGUUCUCUACGCCUCCUUCGAUCCAUAUCUCCGUGGCAAAAUGCGAGAUCCACAUAUAAAGUCUUACUCCCCCGCGUUUGAGAUCAACGGCCCCAUCGUCAAUAGCACCGUGUGCAAGGUGCUGAAGAGUGAUGCACCCUCCUUCAAUGAAGGUGACCUCGUCAUCGCCUACCAGCCCAUUGCUGAAUACGCCGUGGUCAAUAAUCCCGAAGAGGCCAAGGUUCGCAAGAUUAAUAACCCUCACAGCCUCGACCUCGGACUUUUCCUCGGUGCUCUCGGUAUGCCAGGGCUGACUGCCUGGUCCGGCUUGUACCGAAUUGGAAAGCCGAAGAAGGGUGAAACCAUUUUCGUCAGCUCCGCCGCCGGUGCAGUUGGGCAAGUUGUGGGGCAAGUGUCGAAGAAGGAAGGCCUAAGGGUUAUAGGCUCCGUCGGCUCCGAUGAGAAAUUGGACUUUAUCAUCAACGAGCUCGGCUUCGAUGGGGGAUUCAACUACAAAAAGGAGAAGCCUCUUGAGGCGCUUAACCGCCUCGCGCCGGAGGGCAUUGACAUUUACUUUGAGAAUGUGGGAGGAGAGCAUCUUGAGGCUGCACUUACCGCCAUGAAUACCGACGGUCGCAUAUGCGCUUGCGGAAUGAUUUCUGAAUAUAACACGCCACUAGAGAAGCGCCAGGGUGUCAAGGGCCUGUUCCAGAUCGUCACCAAGCAGAUUCUGAUGGAAGGCUUCCUCGUAGGUAGGCCGCACUUUGGACCAGCCUACUUCAACGAACAUCAGGAGAAGAUGCAAAAGUGGCUCGCAGAUGGAAGCGUUAAGGCCAAGCUCUAUGUUACGGAGGGUAUCGACAACGCUCCGGAAGGGUUUAUUGGAAUGUUGCAAGGGAAGAACUUUGGAAAGGCUGUUGUGAAGAUUUGA